CGGCCUUCUGUUGGUCAAUGCUGCUCGGCGGUUGCUGAGGACUGCCUACGGGCUCUGCCAUAGGCGGUGCAAGAGGACGGGGCGCGGCGGGGGACACGGCGGCCGCCGCGGGGCUUGAUCCGACGACGACGGCGGCGGCGGCUGCGGCGGCGACGGUCCUCUUCCUCCUCCCUUACACCAUUGCUCCUCCUUUUCUUCCUUUCUCUUUCCUUUCCAGCCGGGCCUCGACCACUUCCUCUAACAGCGGCCCCGAUCCUAUGUAAAGGCAUGACUUCCCGGCACCGCAGGGAAAACGGGGUGCAAACCCAGAAAUUAUUUUCCCACCACCACUUGUUGAAAAACUGAUUUGAACGCGUCUGAGGGUUUGAACUAACAGCAAGUGCCAGGAUUUGAUGAGUCUCUGGUUUUGCACUGGAGACCCUUCACUAAGUAUCAAGAAAAAAACUGGAAACUAAUCCGAACCUUAUUCAAAGUCAGAAUGGAACGAUUUGUAGUAACAGCACCACCUGCUCGAAACAGAUCUAAGACUGCUUUGUAUGUGACACCCCUGGAUCGAGUCACUGAGUUUGGAGGUGAGCUGCAUGAAGAUGGAGGAAAACUCUUCUGCACUUCUUGCAAUGUGGUUCUGAAUCAUGUUCGCAAGUCUGCCAUUAGUGACCACCUCAAGUCAAAGACACAUACGAAGAGGAAGGCAGAAUUUGAAGAGCAGAAUGUGAGAAAGAAGCAGAGGCCCCUAACUGCAUCUCUUCAGUGCAACAGUACUGCGCAAACAGAGAAAGUCAGUGUUAUCCAGGAUUUUGUGAAAAUGUGCCUGGAAGCCAACAUCCCUCUUGAGAAGGCUGAUCACCCAGCAGUUCGUGCUUUCCUGUCUCGCCAUGUGAAGAAUGGAGGCUCCAUACCUAAGUCAGACCAGCUGAGGAGAGCAUACCUGCCUGAUGGAUAUGAGAAUGAGAAUCAGCUCCUCAACUCACAAGAUUGUUGACAAGGAGGUUAUCACCAUUGUAAUCAAGACAAAUAAUGUGGAGUAUUAAAGUUAUGUGUUGAUUGUG